AUGAAUUCUCAGCAGCAGAAGCAGCCCUGCACCCCACCCCCUCAGCCUCAGCAGCAGCAGGUGAAACAGCCUUGCCAGCCUCCACCCAAGGAAACGUGCAUCCCCAAAACCAAGGAGCCCUGCCACCCCAAGGUGCCUGAGCCCUGCCACCCCAAAGUGCCUGAGCCCUUCCACCCCAAAGUGCCUGAGCCCUGCCAGCCCAAAGUGCCUGAGCCCUGCCAGCCCAAGGUUCCAGAGCCCUGCCAGCCCAAGGUGCCUGAGCCCUGCCCUUCAACAGUCACUCCAGCACCAGUCCAGCAGAAGACCAAGCAGAAGUAA